AUGGAACGGCCGGUGUUGGUGUCGGCGGUGGCGCUGUCGGGCGCGGCGGUGCUGUUCUCGUUGGGGGUGUGCGCAUUCCUCUACAAUGACCUCUACGACUUCCACACCGAGGCCCUUAUGGAGCUCGACGAGUUCAAGAACAUUGCCAACUACGCGUGGCGUGAGAUGGAGCCCGCCUCCAACCCGUUCGAGUUUGCCCGCGCCAAGAGGGCUGCUGCCCAAUGCAACUGCAAGGCCGGCGGAAAUGGAUGCCCGGCUGGACCGCCAGGACCCAAGGGAACACCUGGAGCACCAGGAUUGGACGGAGAGAAGGGAGACAAGGGACGCGAUGGAGGACGAGCUCUGCCAUUCCAGUUCUCGGACGGCUCCGUGGGAUGCAUCAAGUGCCCGGCCGGCCCACCCGGACCUCAGGGACCACCCGGACCAAUCGGAGGACCCGGCGAGGAGGGUUUCCCCGGUGGAAACGGAAACGAAGGACGAGAUGGAGCCGAUGGACCCGAUGGAUGUAUGGGAGAUAUUGGAGGAGAAGGACCACGUGGACCUCCUGGACCCCCUGGACCACCCGGAAAGGGAGGACACAAAUACAAGGCUGCUCCUGGGCCCAAGGGAUUGCCUGGAAAUCCCGGAAACCCUGGAAACCAGGGACCCAAGGGCCCACCCGGACCCCAAGGAAACCCCGGCCCGAACGGACCUCAAGGAAACCCCGGAAAGCGCGGAGCUGCCGGAAAUCCCGGAGCCUACGGACAGCCCGGAAGCCGAGGAGAGCCUGGCGGUGAUGCUGCAUACUGCCCAUGCCCGCCAAGGACAUCGAAUAUGGCUGCUGACAAUGGACAGGCGGCGUCUGGAUAC